AUGCAUUUUCGAAUUGUGGCGUUUCCGUACACGCCACCUGUAGGUGCGGCGUACGCCGAUGCUUGUCUGCCUGCACGGCCAGGUGUACGGCUGCGUGUGGUGCGCCAUGUCGAUCCCUGGGCCAUCGUGGAGUUGGAUGGGCGGUUGGGCCUCUUCCCAAUUAUCUUUACCCGCGGUGAGCGGCAGGAUCGUUUUGUGCGGCGUAAGGCACGCCAGGAGCUUGUUGGGGUGGCAGCUCAUCCCAUAGAAGACAACGUUGUCCUUGACGACAAGGAGCGCGGUGGGGUCGUGGGUUAUACCGCAGAGGUAAUCCCACCACCUGAUGAGGCUCAGGGUGAGAGGGACGAGGAGGUUGCUGCGCCAGGCGCCAGUAGAAGUGUUAACAGCAGCAACAGCAGUGAAACGGGCAACCGCCUCAAUGACAGCAGUAAUGGAAAUAUCCGUGGCCUGACAGACCACCACCUACAUCUGAAUUGUAAUGAGAGUGGUGGGGACGAGGAGAGAGAUGUGGAGGCAGGUGCUGCUUUCUUUGCGAAGGUGCGUCGCUGCCGAGUGGCCCUCGGCGAAGGGACGAGCCACGACUGUUUGCUCCCGAAGCAGAUAAAGGGGCCCACACACACCUGCGAGAGCGAUGAGCUGCAGGAGUUGCGCAGGCAGUACACGGAGCUGGACGCGGAGAUGGCGUGGCUUUCCCACAUCACGGAGGCGGUGAAGGCGGAGCGUCAGCGCGUUAUGAACACGCACGCUUCCAACGUCAAGGAGCGUGUGGCGGAGCAGCGGGCUGGAAGGGAGGAGCUGGAGCGGCUGACCCAUGGCAUCGCAGCGAAGGAUGCGGAGCUGAAGGUUGCCGCAAAGUACACAAGUCUUCUCCGCUCAAUUCUUUUGGAGAACAACGUAACUGAUGAGCCGCUGGAGUCGUUCACACAAUUACCACGGCUGUCUGACUCCGUUUUAUCGCCAUUGGCGCAAUACGCGCAAGAUGUGAGUAAUGAUGACGUAAAUAACGACGAGGAGGACGAGGAUGUUUCAGAGCCAGUGGAGGAGUUGGCACGGGAUGCAAAGGCGGCUGCGGAGGUGCAUGCCAUCAAGGCAUGCAUUAGGCAUGAACGCGAAACUCUGCAGGACUACCACAAGCGGUAUAAUCAACUGAUGGCUGACACGAAGCGUCUGAGGCAGGUCCAUGCGGCAAUAGAGGUGGACUCAUGUGCACUGCGUGAAUCUGAAGAGGCUCUGGAAGCGGUGACACCGACGGGGUCAUACACGGUGGUGCACAAGAGUGGUUGCAAUGAUGGUGCGGGGCGGCAACCUGCGGGUGGCGGAACACCUUUGGCUGUGUCACGGCCAAGUGUGGGAGGCGUUGAGGUGGUGAUGCGGGAGGGAUUCACAUGGCCCGCCACACUUCCCGGGCUGACGACGGAGGAGCAGCAGGCUGCAGACAACUACCAGCGACUCCUCCACGGGUACAAGACGAAGCGGCAAAAGUGGCAGGAGGAACAUGGGGAGGCGACGAAGCCAAAUUCGACCUUCGUGAAUGAAAAACUUCGAGCGGCGAUACUGACGGGAGACAAGGCGCUGAACGAAUUACUGCAGCGAAUGGCAGAACUGAAGGAGUUUGUCACCAAAUACAGCGCAGUAGCAGAGUCGCUCCGUGAGCAAGUGGCGGUGAGCCGGAGGGUACUGGAACGGCAGCGGGAGAAGUGCAGCGACGCUCGUGCUGCGUAUGAGGCUGCACUGGCAUCCGAGGCGGGAGACAUCAAAAGGUGA